AGCUAGCCAGUCGCUAACACAACACCGAGUCAGGAUCAGAGUUCCAGUGAUUUGUGGAUGAACGGGAGAAUCAGAGCCGCCGCUCGGUGAUGGCGAGCUCCGCGCUUCCCCUCGCCGUUUAGCCCUUUCCCCCGGAUAUGGAUCCACGACCCGGGACCCGGCGCGCGCUUUCAGACGGAAGAAAAACCGAGAGAAACCCGUGUGAGUCCCUGAGAGGAUUUAGUUAGCCUAGCGGGCUAGCGGGCUUUUUUGGCGCUCGGGCUAACUUUGAGCUGUGCCGUGAUUGAGCGUUAGCUUCUCAAGCUAACAGGCUAAUCUGUCCGCGGAUUCGUUUACGGGAUUCGUGCGUUAUCUUAGCCAGCUAGCUCGAUCUCCUCAGCGCGGAUUUAUUACCUCCUGGCGCUUUUUAGUGAAAAACAGUGGAUUACUAAAGCCGACAGAUCUGUUCACUCAUCAUCCUCCUCCUCCUUACUGAUGAAGAAUGAGUGUGUGUGCGGUGCUGGGGAGUGAAUCAGGAACCCUGAUGGCUGGAUCUGGGUGUCAAAUGGUUGUGUGAAGAACCAUGGGAAGCUGCUGGAGCUGUCCAGAUAAAGAAUCCAUACCUGACAAUCACCAGAGCAAGUUCAAGGUGGUGAACGUUGACGAUGACGGUAACGAGCUCGGGGCUGGGAUCAUGGAGCUGACCGAGGAUGAGCUUGUUCUCCGCACACACAAAUGUGAUGCAGUCAGGUGGCCUUACCUGUGCCUCCGUCGCUAUGGUUACGACUCAAACCUCUUCUCCUUCGAGAGUGGCCGCCGCUGUCAGACCGGGCAAGGAAUCUUUGCGUUUAAGUGCGCUCGAGCGGAGGAGAUCUUUAACAUGCUGCAGGACAUCAUGCACAACAACAGCAUCAGCGUGGUGGAGGAACCUGUGUUUGAACCCGCGCUAACGCACGCACACACCGAGCCGGAUGCUCCUCAAACUCCUCGCACUCCCACAGGUGGCGCUCUUCCUGUUUUACCUAACGGGAGCUUGCGGUACCCGUCACUAGGUGACGCCUCAUCCCACCCUUCCAGUAGGCACCCCUCUGUGGGCAGUGCCCGCCUGCCAUCUGUGGGAGAAGAGUCCACUCACCCGCUGCUGAUGCCUGACGACAGCAUACGGGGCCAUACGUACGUGAACACUACAGGCCUCCUGGAGGAUGCAGGAACAGGACACGGAGACCCACCUGUUACUCAAAGCCCUGCCCCCGAGGGGGAGGAGUCAGUGCAACCCCCGGAUCCCGGUCCCCGUGUGCAGCUGGAGCGUGAAGGCGUGAGGUUUGUGUUGGGGCCGACGCCCGUGCAGAGGCAGCUCAUGGCCAGGGAGCUGCAGCAGGACGACAGCGUGUCAUCUGGCUCCACCCCCAACUCUGCUAACGGGGGCGUGGUCUCUACAGAGGCAGUUCCGGAGCACUCGAACGGCCCCGUUUUCGGGCCGUCGCGCCGCAGACCCCGCCCCCCGCCUCUCAGCCCCGACGCCAACGUGAACAACUCGGCUCAGCGCCGGACAGCGCUGCUGGACUACGAGAACCUCCCCUCGCUCCCUCCGCUGAGGGAGGACCCUAAAGCAGGUGAUGAUGACGAGGAUCAGGACGCAGCCACCAGGACCAAGACGCAGCCCGCUAACGGUUACCACAGCGCCGACUCCGCCCACCUUUACAUCAACACAGAGAAUGUAACGGCGUCCAUGUGGCCAGACUCGGCGCCUCUGAGCGCGGGGUGGGCGGAGUCUGUGCCGCUGAGCGCCGGGAGGGUGGAGUCGGGACGUUUCAGCGUGUUUAACUUCGACCUGCGCCGUCCGUGCGAGCCGCACGCGCUCAACUACAUCGAGGUGGAAAUGGACCCGGGCUCGGACUGCAGUACGCCCCGGACACCGCACACGCCCGCCUCUCCGCGCCCCCCCACGCCCACCACCGCCCCAUCCACAGCCACACCCACACGCAGGACCGAACUGUACGCAGUGAUCGACGUGGAGCGGACGGCAGCCAUGUCGAACCUGCAAAGAGCGCAGCCUCGAUACGACGGUACGUCCAGGAAAACCAGACACAACAGCGUGGACCUGCCCAUGUAGCCCCGCCCACUCCACUCGGCUGCCCAUUCUUUUUUUUCCUUUACAACUUUAUAAAGUAUCCUUCAAAAGGCACUCGGAACGCUGCCGAGCGGAGCCGUGGUUUUAUUCGUGCACUCGCCAUCCUGCUCCUGAGCGUGACCUUCAUGACCUUCAGCACACGGCUGGACUGCAGUCUGUGUCCAUUCCAUACAGAUCAGUAUUACUGAUGGAGCAAUUCCUCUUUCUGUUCGUCUUCUUUUGUUUUACUUUUGUAUUGAAAUGACACUACAGGUUGUUUAUAAUUUCAGUAUGCAGGGACUCGACGGUACACGACAGACGCCAUCUUGCUGACUACAUUUAGAUUCACUACAGCACAAUAAAGACUUUAUUUUGUUUGAUUCACACCUGAGUGAGCGACUCAACGUGUUUGACCGCGAACAGUUUUUUAAAAGUUUUUAAAAUAGCAAAAAAUGUUCAUAAUUAAACAUAUAAAUCACAAA